AAAAGUUAUUCAAUUUUCUUACAAUUACGUUCUUUGAAGAAUUUUAAGACUAUCAUCAAAUAUGAAAUUAAAACAUGAAAAAACAUUAUUGAAACCGAAAAGAUUCGAGAGUAUUGAUUUCGAAGACAAACCAUCUUCUGUUCAACUUUAUCGUAUACAAUGUAUGGCCAUUUCGGCUAAUAUGACCAAAUUGGCCAUUUGUCAUUCACAAACGAAUCGCGUUGAAUUAUGGGAUUUAUCGACCAACGAAGUGAAAGAUAAAUUUGCAUUGAAAUCUGCUGAUAAACAAUCGGGGGAUCGACAUUCAUUUCAAGUGAAUGGCAUGUCAUUUUCUGCAGAUUCCGAACGGUUAGCCAUUGGGCAAUCGGAUCAUGUUAUCUACAUCUAUAAAAUCGGCAAUUCAUGGGGGCAAAAAAAGUCGAUUGUCAACAAAUAUUCACUUCAAAGUGCCGUAUGUGCACUGCAUUGGCUUUCCACCGGAAUUGUUUUUGCAUCGAUCGAUGGUCGUGUUAAAUUCAUUCAAACUCAUACUAACAAAAUGUCAACGCUAAUCAAUGUUCCAAAUUCUAUCUGUGUAUCCAUGUGCUAUAAUCAGGAUCAAAUUAUAGCCGGUUUUCUUAAUGGAGAAAUCUGGUCAAAUUCAUUGGCUUCAAAUCUUCGUGAAUCUUCAGCACAAUUGGUGGCCAAUCACCCGACUCCACCGUUUGCAUUAGAAUUAACAUCGACCGGUUAUAUUUGUGCAGCUGGAUGUGAUGGCCGUAUUUUGUUCCAAGAACUUACAGGAUCUAGUUCUGCAAGCAGUUCGGCUCUUGAAAAAUCACGAAAAAUUUCUGCGUCCAACAAUUCAACUGCAACAUCAGUCAAUAGACAAACAAUUGAUCAUGGUCAAGACAUCUCUAUCGCUGUCAGUUCACCAUCCGGAACAGUUUUAAUAUUGGCAUCCAAAGAAUCAUUACUUGUAUUUCAAUUAAAAUCACGAAUAUGGAAGCAUCAAUUAACAGUAGAUAUGAAUGGUUCACUUUUGAUUACAGGACUUUGUUGGUCAUCUGAUGGAACAAAAUUGGUUGCUUCAACAUUGAAUCAAGCUGUCGAAUUAUACCGAUGUCAAUGGCAAUCAAAAUUGGUUGGAAAUCGAUUCGAAAUCAAUUAUGUUGGAAAUCGACAAUUAGUAAUCAGAGAUUUACAGACAAAUCAAUCGAAAAUGUUUGUAUCGAAUUUCGAUAUUCAAGAAGUGAAAAUUAUCAAAGAAAGUUUUGUCGUAAUUUGGACAACAAAUACAUUAAUCAUGGGUAGUUUGUCGAAUGAUUCACAACGCUCAGAAAUAGAGUGGCUUGGAUUGACAACCCAUGGUGUGAAAUUUUCAUUUGAUUAUGAAAAUGUUGCCCUGAUCAGUGCCGUUGGUGAAUUGUAUCUUGUCGAAUUGGGUCAGAAUCAAAUUCUUGGAUCAGUUCGUACUGAUUUCAUAUCACCUCAUUUGAUAUCGGUCCGAAUGAAUGAACGUAAUUCGAAAUCAAAAAUUUUUGCCUAUCUAUUAGACGCUAAAAGCAUUGCCGUAAUUGAUUUGAUCACCGGAUUACAACUGAACACUUGGGCUCAUUCGGAACGUAUCGAUUGGAUUGAACUGAAUGAAACUGGUCAUCGUAUGAUUUUUCGUGAUAAGGCAUUGAAAUUGAUCCUAUUAUUGAAUGUCGUACAUCAAGAUCAGAUGGUUCUGUUGAAUCAUGGCUGUGGUUUUGUACAAUGGGUACCUGGAUCCGAUGUUAUUGUAGCUCAAUGCCGAGAUAAACUCUAUGUUUGGUAUGAUUAUAGUAAACCGGUUAUUCAUCAAGUGAUUGGAGGAGAAUUAAAUGAAGCAUUCGAAAUUGAACGCACCAAUGGUGUUACGAAAGUCAAGUUCAUGCAACCCAACACAGAUAUUGUAUUGAAUGAAGUUUUGUUGGAAUAUGAUACGGCCAUCGAUGAUGGAGAUCUAGAAAGGGCUCAAUCAUUCCUGGAAUCAUUGGGUGAACAACAACGAAAUUCGCAAACAGCAACCAUAACCGAUACCAAUUCAAUGUGGCUACAGCUUGGAAAUUUAGCGUUGAAAAAUUUGAAUCUUACCGUUGCUGAACGUUCUUUUGCCGCUAUCGGUGAUUUAGCUAAAGUGAAUUUCAUUCAGCAGUGUCAACUUGAUUCAUCCAUGCUUGCAUUGUUAGACGGCGAUUGGGACCGUUUUGAAAGUGGUAAUUUUGAUAAGGUUCUUUCAAUUUAUCUUAACACAUAUAAUUGGGAUCGUGCGAUCAAAUUUGCAACAAAAUAUGGACGUCAUGAUCUAAUUGAAGAAUUACAACAAAAAUAUUAUCAAUGGUUAUUGGACACAGGACAGCAUUCAAUUGCCGCCAUGAUUUUGCAACAAGAUGGGAAAUUAGAAGAAGCUAUUGGUUUAUAUAUGAAAGCCGGUCGAUUAGUUCAGCUUACCAAAUUAAUUGUUGAUCAUUUCAGUAUAAGUAACAAUCAAAAAGGUGGCGAUCAAAAUCAAAUUAUUAAUAAAGAUUUAGUCGAUAAAAUAAUCAUCGAUCUUGAACGAGCUGAAGCAUUCGAAGAAGCAGGUGAUCUAUAUCAGCUUCCCAUAAUAGAUAAUAAACAAAACGCAUUAAGAUCAUUCACCAAGGCCAAAGCAUUUUCUAAGGCUAUCAAUCUUGCACGAACACAUUUCCCUGAUGAAGUUGUAACGCUAGAGAGCCAAUAUGGCGAAUAUCUUAUCAAUGAAAUGGAUGAUCCGUCCAAUGCUGUCAAUCAUUUUAUUGAAGCUGGUCGUACGGAAAAAGCAUUAGAAGCAGCCGUUAUGGCUCGACAAUUUGAUCGUGCGGCUGAAAUUGCUUCGAUUAUGGACCAAAUUCCAACUCAUUAUGGCAAAAAAAUUGCCGAACAUUAUGUUCAACGUGAUGAAAUCGAACCGGCAUUGGAAAUGUAUCUAAAUAUGGGCUGUGUUCGUGAAGCUGUUCAACUUUUGAAUGAUCGUGGUCAAUAUGCACGGGCAUUUAAAAUCGCCAAACAAUUAAUGUCGACUGAUGAAGCUCGUGAAAUGUACGAAAUGAUUGCUAAAUCCUAUGAAUCGAAUGGUAAAUGGAAAGAAGCCGAAAGAAUUUAUAUAGCCUGUGGUGAUGUUGAUGCUGCCAUUUCAAUGUACAAGAAUAAUCGCGAAUUUGAUUCGAUGCUAAGAUUGGUUAGGCAACAUCACCCAGGACUUUUAAAUGAAACUUGUAUUUACUUGGCUCGAGAAUUAGAAUCGGAUCAUCUGUACAAACAAGCAGAACAAUAUUAUCUAAUGGCUAAUGAAUGGCAACAAGCAGUUCUAAUGUAUCGUAAUGCUUCUCAGUGGGAAGAUUCCUAUAGGGUUUCACGUGCAAAUGGCGGUGCAUCGGCUGCCAAACAGGUUGCAUUCCAUUGGGCCCAAACAAUGUCGACAUCACAAGAAGCGGUUAGCCUAUUGAAUCGAUUUGGCUUAUUGAAUCAGGUUGUAGAUUAUGCCUUGGAAAAUAAUGAAUUUGAAUUCGCUCUUUCAUUGAUUCGUAAUUCUUCAGAUUUAAAGCAUAAAUUAAUUGAUGUUCAACUCAAGUACGCUGGUUGGCUUGAAAAUGAAAAUCUUUUCAAUGAAGCUGAAACAAUGUAUGUAGAGGCUGGUAAACCCAAAGAAGCGGUAGUCAUGUAUCUCCAUCAUAAUAAUUUCGACGAUGCACUUCGUGUUGCCGGACAAUAUGUGCAACAAGAUGAUGAAGAAGUUGUCAAAGAUAUACUUACAGCUCAAGCUCGUUACCUUUUUGAUCAGAUGAAACAAUAUAACGAUUUUGAUCGAAUUGAUCGUGUUGAAACAUUAUUGCUUCGAGCUGGCCGUAUCGAAAUGGCUGUGCGUUUAUUUCGCGAUUCUGGAUUAUGGGAUGAAGCUGUCCAUGUAGCCGAGCAAUAUGCACCACACUUACUGGAUUCACUACGACGUGAUAUGAUUACAUCGACUACAGCUCAUGCGACUUCAACAUAUCCAUCUAUUUCACUUAAAUCAUCACGAGUAAAUAGUCCACGGAUGAUGAAUCAAUCUGAUUAUGUCCAACAACAACAAUCAAAUGAAAUGAGUGAAUUAGAUCUGACACAAGCUUUAAAAACGGCUGAACAAAAUGGAGAUAAAGAAUCCAUUUUUCGAUAUUCAAUGUUGUUGGCCAGUCAUUUGUUGAAAGAACAUCAGGCGUAUGAUUCUCUCAAAGUUUUGGCCAAGCAUUCGUCAUCAACAUUUAUUUUGCCUGAUUCAAAAAAGUUAAUGUCUCGAAUAGCUGUAGUAAUACUAUCCGAAAUGGAAGAUUUCGCUGAUCCAACUACUAACUCAAGUCAAAUGUACACAUUGUUACGAGAUUCGUUCCAGCAAUUAUUGACGCAGAAUUCCUCAUUGAAUCAAAUGGAACGUGAAUCGUUUGGAAAAUAUCUACUAAUAUCUCAUUAUCUGACGUUGAAAUGUUUACUUGAAGAAUUGGCCACCACAUAUCCCCAAUCACCCGCCAUUGGUAGUAUUCGGGAAUUACAUCUCAAACUAUCGAUUUCGAUGUUGCGUUAUACGGAUGUUGUACGUGCUGAUAAAGCAUUCUAUGAAGCGGGAUUAGCUUGUCGAUCAGCGAACCGUUUGGAAAUGGCAUUUGUAUUCCUAAAUCAUUUUCUAGAUCUAUUGGAUGCUAUCGAAGAGCAAAAUUUCAAUGUCGAUCAUUCGGAUUUUGUUCAUACGGAUAUACCAUUCGAAGUACCCCUUCCAUCAAAGAUUACGUUCGAUGAAACAACUAUAGAGGAAAUUAAAAGUUGGGUAUUGCAAACAUCUAUGGAUACAGAAAUGUCGCAAUCAUUACCGUUGGAUCCAAUGCGUGAUGGUGAAGUAUAUGAAGCAAGUUUGAUUAACGGAGAUCAUACAAGAUGUUUACCAUGUUUGGUGACUGGAUAUCCUGUGGCUGCCAAACAUAAAAUGAUUGAAUUUGAAUCUGGUAAAUAUGUGGCCAACAAAGAAGAUUGGAAUAAAUUGUUAAUGAUUGCUAAAGUAUUGGAUAAUCAAAAAUUACGCGAACUUUUGCAAUUCAUCGGUACAUUAUGUGGCAAUACGAAUAUUGUGAAAUAUUCAUUUCAAUAAUUUUCUAACGU